UGUCUGCAGUGUGUUGUACACGAACUUCCGUCCAAACCUGUACGGAAUUACCCAACUCGACUCUAUGCGGUCUCAGAACGCUGAUGUUAAUUGAACAUGAAUAUUGCAAUUUUCUGUGGAAUUUUUGUUUGUAAUGUGCUUAUUGUGGCUAUGACUUUGAUGAUAGCUGCAGUAUCAUAGAUCUAUCAGGCACCAAGACGGACGGGUGCACAAUGUCGAAUAAUUAUAUCUCUUGCGUAAAGAAAACAGGCUGUGCUUCGACUGUACCGGAGAUGGAAGUACUCAAAGCUGGACUGAGAGCCGACCUGCACCUUGGGAUCCUUUGUGAUUUAUCAGCAGCCAACAGAGUCACUGCGUCCGUCUUGGCGAUGAUCCUAGCUGUCGUGCCAUUGUCUUCAAAUACCAGUAAAGCGAAAUCACCCGACUGUUUCAAGCGAGGCAAUCCACAUUGCCAUGCAGUUAAUUCAAACUUUGAACUGAAAAAAGGACUCAACAAUAGUACAGCUUCCACGACAUGACAUUCCGUUUUCUUUUCUUAAAUUAAUCAGUAAUUACGGUUUGUUUCUUCCAUUAUGAACAAUUUGUUUAUUUGAUCAUAAACAGUUUGCUUGAUUAUAAAA